GAGCUGAAGAUGAGCUUCGUUUGGUUGAGCGAGAACGCGAAGGACGUCCAAAAGGGCAUUCGAAAGGAAAGCGUCGCAACACCUUCUGGAUCGAGCAAGAUGACCAAUGGGGCAUUCUCCUGACGGAGGAAGCUGAUGCUGAGGACAUCUUGGAACAGAAUGAUGUCCACUGGCUCUCAACGAAUGCCCUGGAACAAGCCUUUCCGGCUUGGGAAACUCCCUCCACUCCAUCGUCCAGACCUGACACUGAGGACCGCUAUGGCCAAGAAGAUGGUUUCUUUGCCGCAGACCCUCAACUACCAGGCGCCUAUGUCUGGUGGAAUUUGGAAAGUGAUGGUGAGUACUACCACCAGGACGUCAAUGGAGCUUUCUGGUCAUGGAGUGAGUCCGAAGCUUGGAACUCAGUUUUGUGGAGUUCACCUGAUGAAGCCAAGCCCGUGGUUGAGGCCUAUGCGGCCUACGAAGAGAAGAUGAGGACCUUCCAGGACAGUCGACGUGCUCAUGCUGCCAAACAAGCCAGCAGAGGCUGCUUCAUUUGUGGGGCGAAAGAUCACGACUUUCGCUCUUGUCCCAAGCGCUCGAAGAGUGGAAAAGGUUUUGGCAGUGGAAAAGUCUUCAUGGUUGAGGAGGCGCAAGAGCUUGAGGAGACCUUUGUUUUCCACGCCUGGUCCGAGCCUGAAAGGCCCUUGAGUGUCAUGAAGGUGGGCGAAGUCAGUUCGCCCGAGAUGGAAGGUUUCGGAGUGCUUGACACUGGAGCCACCGAGACCGUUUGUGGCCUGAGCGCUUUGGAAUGGAUCAUGCACAAGCGUGCUGCUGCAGGUGCUUCUUCUGGCGACUUCACGGUCGUCGAUGUGCCCCAGAAGACCUUCAAGUUUGGAAAUGGAAUGACGCAGCAGUCUGAAUCCUUGAUUUUGCUGCCUCAGCGGCUUGGUGAGCAUAGCUUGUCACUUGGCAUCUACACCCUAGAGGCCAAUGGAGUUCCAGUGUUGGUGGGGAUCAAAACCCUCACCCGACUUGGAGCAAUCAUAGAUACUUCACGUUCCGCGAUGGUGCUCACGGCCAUCGAUGCAUCCUUGUUGGUUCCGCUGAAACAGAGUGGAUCCGGUCACCUUCUCAUGGACCUCACUCACGAUUGGUUGAGUCAAGCUACCAAGAUUCUUUUCACUGAAGAGCUCUCUGGAAAGCAGCAAUAUGCGAAAGCCAAGGCAAAGAUCGAAGAGCCCUCCAAGAGCUCUGGCAAGGGCGACAAGAUGGACAAGAAGAAGACCAAGUCCUCGGCCACCUGGGAGGAGAAGUACGACGAGAGUCGCACGGUGGCUGCAGAUCCGAGGGAUCCUCGAACCCUCGGAGCUCCUUGCUGGGGCAACCACACUCCAGCAGCAGCAUACCGUGGAAGUGUGUCAGGGAGCAAUGGACAUGCGACAUGGGUGGGGUGCGAGCGCUGCCAGCUUCGCCUGUCCUAUACCCCGGCGUUCGGGGCGACAGGACUUCAUCGACAAGCAGGUCCGAUCCCAGAGGACACUCGUCGACAGGUGGAGGAGCUCAAAGAAAAAGCUCCAUACAACCCAUUGCUUCGCACUCAGGCGGUGGGAUUGGAUGGAGCAGAACGUUCGCUGAUGAGCAAGCUGGACAACAUCAGAGCUCGCAAGGCGGCAGCGGGAUAUGCACCUCGCUCUCCCGACUCCAACGAGACCACAGCGCCCAGCAGCAAUCAGACUCCUGUUCCUCGGACUCCAAGCUCAGUGGUCGAGAUCCCCGACGACGAGGAGGAGUAUGUGCCAAGUCCAGCUCCGACGGACAAGGAACUUCUCUCCAUGGUUCCUGGGAGCAAAUCCCGCCGCAACGAGCGGGCAGCAGAGGAGGUCCUGGUCAGGGAUGGCGCUACUGAGAAUGCCAACAUGUCUGAAGACAAUGCCAUCCAAUCGAAUGACCAGUUGAAUUCGAAUGACCUGACUUCUGAGAAUGUCCGCUUCCUCAAGAAUGCUCAGGUCCCUCCGAAUGUCAAAGUUCCACCGAAUGCCCACCUUUUCAAGAAUGACCCGGUGAUGACCGAUGGCAAGUCCUUUGAAACACCUGCCAUGGAGAACUUUGAGGAGGACAUCCCCUAUGACACUCGGCUGAGUGACAAAGAUGCAGCAUUUGCAUGGGAAGCUAUGAAUGAGCUGGUGAUGGAGAAUGACGAGAUCUUCCUGGCUCAUGGAGGCAUUGCUGCAAGAGAGCACUGGGACGUGCUCGAACUAUGUUGCGGCCCCGAAAGCUUGUUGAUCCAGGCCGUGCAUGCAGCUGGAGGUUACGGUGGCCGCGCAGGCUUGCACAACCAAUGUGACCUGACCAAAGAAGAAG